ACGACGUCUCUGAAGUACUUCAAGGAGAGAUCGCGCGAUUAGAUCCACGAUUUAAAGUCCAAUUGGAUCCGUUGCAACACAUGGGCUCCAAAACCAUUCAUCUCAUCUGUAAAUUAGACGACAAGGACCUGCCGUGUGUCCCGCCGAUUGCCAUCCGAGUGCCCGACUCGUACCCCGAAAAGCCUCCGCAAUGCAGUACAGAUGCCCUCGAAUACAGCGCUUCCGUGUUCUUUCAGGACAUCCAGAAGAAGUUUGACUCGAAUGUGGAUAAAUUGCCGCAAAGCUUCUCAGUGACCACUUUGCUGAACAGUUGGGAGUUGAGUGUCCGACAGGCCGUCUCAUUAGCACUCGACACCAUCUCUAUCUAAAUAUCAAUUAUAUAUUACUUUUUCGACUUGUUUAUACCGUAUAUUGUUUAUGCAAAUAAUCAAACUCUAAAUUGUAUUUUUUGUUCAUUAUGUCAACUCUUAAUUUAUUAAAAUAAUUUAAAUAAUGUAAAGGUUAAACUAAUAAAAAUGUUUAAAAAUAA